CAUUUGCCAAUCCGACGGCGUACAGUCAGCAACGCAUUCCUGCCGUGUUCUGCUGCUUCUGCUGCUGAUGGGCAAACCGGUGCAUUCGCUCACGUGAGGCUGAGAAAAACACACGCACGAACGCGCGAACGCCACAGUGCAAACCGGCAAAAUCCGAGUGAAGGCUGUAAAGUGCUGCGUGGAAGCCGCGAGAUUCGACGCAAAGAAUACUUACGGUUAGUUGGGCGCUGUGCUGUUGCUCCCUCAGCUCCAAUUUCCAUCGCGGGUCUGUGUGCAAACGCUCUUCUCUGCUCUCGGCUGAGUGUGUGUGUGUACGUGUAUGUGUGCGCGCGCUCGGUGGCCGGUUUUCACGCCACCCCCUCCAUCGGCGUGGUGUUUGGUUGUGCGUGAGAGUCGUUGAGAAGCCAGGCGGUGCGGAAGCGCGCGCGGUCAAGUGAAACGGCAGCGUGUACAUGUAGCCACCGGGAGGUUCGCCACCUAACCCCAUCCUUCUCGCUGCUGCUGCUGCUGCUGCUGUAACGGUUCAUAACAGCCGUUAAAGCGAGAAGGCCGCUACACGUGAGAGAGAGCGCGUACGAGAGAACCCCCAACGAAGGUCGGACCAAGGCGCGGCGGUGUAGGUAGCUGCUAGUCCGUUAGUGAAUUCGUCGCGCGGAAAACCGCUUCUGGCAGUGGAAAUCAACCCGUGUUAUUCGCGACAGCGUACACGUACACGUACGCAGAGCCUCGCGAGACGGUUAUUGGGACAGUAAUUGGUUGAUCGAUCCGUGUAGUACUCGAUCCGAUCUGAGAUAGUUGUUGCGUGCGGUACCACUCUGCUGGUGGAGUUGUUCGCCGUCAGCGACCGUUGUCAAUCUGAAGACCAAACGGAGCGAAACAAUCCCGGAGACAAUUCGCGUUCGCCGCCGCUUUGCCGACACCCUGUGCAGCAACGUUCCAUGUGGGCAAAGUAUAGCUUCUGGCCGUUUUCGAUCGCUGCGCCCACGAUCCACCACGACAGCAUGAGCAACGGUGGCCACGGCGAAUCGACCGUCACCAAGCCGCAGCUGGUGUUCAAUUGCCAGCUGGCGCACGGCAGUCCAACCGGCUUCAUCACCGGGUUUGCCAGUGUCAAGGAGCUCUACCAGAAGAUCGCCGAAUGCUACGAUUUCGCUAUGGAUGAGAUUCUGUUCUGCACGCUAAACUCGCACAAAGUCGACAUGAGCAAUCUGCUGGGCGGUCAGAUCGGGUUGAACGAUUUCAUUUUCGCACACAAAAAGGGUCGCCCGAAGGAGGUGGAGAUCGUUAAGUCGGAGGAUGCCCUCGGUCUAACGAUCACGGACAACGGUGCGGGUUACGCGUUCAUCAAGCGCAUCAAAAGUGGCAGCGUCAUCGAUCGGAUUCCUCACAUACAGAUUGGCGAUCACAUCGAGAAGCUGGACGGGAUCAAUGUGGUCGGAAAGCGACACUACGAGGUGGCCCGCAUGCUGAAGGACAUUCCCACCGGAUCCACGUUUACCAUCCGUCUGGUGGAGCCGAUGAAGAGCGGGUUCCAGGGAAUAGCGCCGCGCAAAGGAACGGCCGGCAGCAAACCGGGCAAGCAGGGCUACGGCAGUGGAAAGGAGACGCUGCGGUUUAAGGCCAAUGGAAACGCAGCCAUCGAAGAUGAGCACGACGAUGCUACGCAAAGUGGAAUUGAUGCCAUUAACUCACUGCUCGACUCCUUCAUGGGAAUCAACGAUAGUGAGCUAGCCACACAAAUCUGGGAACUAGGUAACAACAAAAUUAACUCGAUGGACUUUGCGGAAGCGAUCGAUGCGUCCGACCUGGAGGCUUUCGGUUUUACUGACGAUUUCAUCAUCGAGCUCUGGGGCGCCAUCACGGAUGCACGCCACGGCCGAUACAAAAGAUAAGGGCGCGCCAGAGUCGCUGGAACCAAUGAUGAACCGACGACGAGAUCCUACUUGAGAUAAACAAACAAAAAAUAGGAGCAUUUACGAAGAAACGAAGGCAGCAAUCGAUCGACGAGGCGCUCGUGAAAUGUGAUGUGUUUUAAACUACUACUACUACUACUACUACUAUUAUUACUACACCAACAACAACUACUACUGCUACACCGCUAGCAUCUAUUUGUGAGGUGAUUGGAAAGCCCCCUCCAGAAUGGGAGUUGAUAAGCAGGCGAUAGCGGAGAUAGCCGUGAUAGAGACAAGAUAUGUAAACUGAUGCUGCGCCAAAUGUCGCCACGAAGCAAGUUUAACGCAUUCCCAACACAUUCCACUGUUAGGUAGAUGAAUAAGAGGCAAAAUUACAACCCAUAUUACCAACUCCCCUUCCACUGCCGGGGGUGCACCGUCUGCGGAAAGGGUGGUUUAACGAACUUAGUGUUUUUAAAAUUGUAAAAUGUUGUAAAAAUGUGUUUCUGUUAGAAAAUGCAACGAAAAUCGUGCGAAAACCAAUCGCUGCGUCGAUGGGAGGUUUUCCUUUUCAUUUUUUGUUUGUUUUGUUUGCUUCGGUUUCAUUAAGGAUAAUGAGGAACUGAAGCGGGAGAAACAGGGGCAGACGGCGGAGAACGCCUCACUCAGUAGCGAGGCGAACGAGUGAGGGGGAAAAGUAUUUUAGCAAAAUGGAGUUCGUAUUAAAUUGUGAGAAUGCAAUAAUAAAUAUUUAAUCAUAAGAUGAGAAAGAA